AUGCUAUUAAUUUGCGUCGCCUGGACGUCGUGGCUCAUUUUCCUGGCGCUCACCCCGAAUACAGCAGCAAAUCUACUCAUGGAUACAAACUCAUACGAUAAUGGACAGUUUUGGUUAUUCAACGAUGCAAACCCGCAGAUAAUUCUAGCUGGAGCUAUCGGUUUACUGCUUGUGGACUUUUGCUAUGUACUGGUGACACUAAGGAUGCUCUUCUGGCGUGACAAGUUGUUUGGCUCGGCCUAUCAGAACAGCCAUGCUCCGCAGAGUGGAAGCCCUGCUAGUCUCACGUACGGCUUCGCUGGAUUUUUAUCCCUCAACGCGUUUGACUUAUCUGCUGCCGUACUCUUUCCAAUCGUAACUCUCGUGUAUUGUUACUACAAUUUCGACGUGGAUCGAGAAGUGUAUCUCACGUACCUGGAGAAACUCCCACCUGGAAGUUUUGAACAUUUGGCGCGUUCGUUUGCAGACCAGUCCGAAAUUGCCUUGUUUCGCGUGAAUUUUGACUCUCUUCGCAUCGAUUUGCUGCUGGAUUUUGCCUUGCGGAUCAGUAUGAACUUGACUUUUUGCUAUCGUUUUGAGCGCGUCUUACAAGCGAUUGUGUGGACAAGACAUCAUGGAAUGAUCAUGCAAAGACUAAACCCAACCAAAACAACACCAGCGUCGCAAAAUUCGGUACCCAAAGGCCUUUCUGCACUUUUUGUGGCAAUCUGUGUCAUCAUUUUCUUAUCGACACACAAAGCCAUUGCAGACUCAAAAGCGCUCGACGAGUGUUGUCCAUGCCUCAUUCUUAUAGAUGUUGAUAUCGCUCCUAAAACAUACCAGGAGUGGAGAACUCCCAUAGACGCGUAUGAAAAAAUAAAGACGCUUGCAGAGGCUGGUUUGCUGACGUCACUUCAACUGAUCAAUCGACAACUUCUUAAGUGGCCUGAUGAACUCCAAGUUAUGUACGUUAUUUUGCAAAAUAACGUAAAAUUAUUUUGGUAA